ACUUGUUCCUCGUAGGGUUUCUCUAUCUUCUCCCAAAAACCUCCGAAAAUGUCCGGAUCUCUAGGCCGCACGCCGGAAUCCUUAAAGGCCUCCGGCCGGAGCUCCGAGAAGCUCAGCCUCCCCAUCCUCCAGGGCAAAAUCAAACGCGACCCAGAUGGCUACGAAACAGAGCUCCAAUUAAUCUACAAACAGUUCAAAGCCUCCGUCGAUCUCUUCCAGCAGCAAGCCGCCCUCAGCUUCUCCUCCGUCGGCUCCGACCCUUCCGUCGCCAAAGACCUCGGCGACCGAGCCAUGUUCCUAGCUCACGUCACUCCCUUUUACCCCAAGCAGCUCGCGGAGUUCCCAGCUCAGCUGACUGAUUUGCUCCGCACCUCGUGCCUCGCGAUGCCCUCGGGACUGAGGAACCACGUCUCUCAGGCGUUGAUUCUUCUUAUGAAUCGAAAGAGUCUUGUCAUCGAGGAUUUGCUGGCUCUGUUUCUGGAUGUUCAGUGUAUUGGUGAUAGGAACUUGAGGAAGCUUGCGUUUUCUCACAUUGUUCAAACUAUUCGUAAGAUGAGUGUUACUGAUCCGAGGCAUAAGGGACUUCAGAAGAUUGUCAUCUCCAUGUUGGAGCAAGAAGAUGAAACAAAGGCUAAGAGAGCGCUUGUUACUCUCUGUGAGCUUCUAAAGAAGAAGGUUUGGCUUGGUGAUAGACAUGAGAGAGUUGCUAUUGCCAUUUGUGAAGCUUGCUUUCAUGCUUCACCUAGGAUCAUGGUUUCUUCCCUUCGGUUUCUUCUUGACUACGAGAACCUUGACGAUGAGGAUGAUAGUGAUGCUUCAGACAACGACGAUGACGAGGAUGCAAAGCCCGAAAACCAUGUUGUGAUUAACAGGGAGGCUGUUUACAAGGCAAACAACAAAGGGACAUCUUCUAGCAAGAAGAAGAAGCAAGCGAAACUGCAACGUGCAAUGAAAAGUAUUAAGAAAAAGCAGCGUGCUUCGUCCGAGAGCACCACUUCAACUUAUUCACCUCUCAAUCAUCUAAAUGAUCCUCAGAAAUUUGCAGAGAAAUUGCUUUCCCGUCUUCAGACUGGCAAGAGCAUUGGCAAAACUAGUGAACGAAUUGAGACCAGGUUGAUGAUGAUGAAAGUUAUUGCACGAACAAUUGGGCUUCACAAGUUGCAAUUAUUAAGCUUUUACACUUAUCUUCAAAACUACGCUAAGCCACAUGAAAAGGACGUUACACAAAUACUUGCAGCAGCAGUUCAGGCUUGCCAUGAUGGGGUUCCUUCUGAUGCUGUGAAACCACUGUUCAUGCAAAUAGUGAAUCAGUUUGUACACGACCGUUCACGUCCUGAGGCUAUUGCUGUCGGACUCAAUGUGAUUCGAGAAAUGUGCCUGAGGAUUCCCGAGUUGAUGACAGAAGAGUUGCUGCAAGAUCUUGCUCUGUAUAAAAAGGAACAUGAAAAGGCCAUAUCCGCAGGAGCCCGUUCCCUCAUUGCAUUGUUCAGAGAGAUCAAUCCUUCGCUUCUAGUGAAAAAAGACCGUGGCCGUCCUGGAGGUCCCGUUGCCAAACCUAAACAAUUCGGAGAAGUUAAUGUCUUCAGCGAUGUUCCCAAUGUUGAGUUAUUGCAAGAAAGUGAUCAUGAGAGUGACUCUGAUGAAGACGAUGAUGAUGUGGAGUUGCCUGGCAGUGAUGAUGUCGAGCAGGAGGAGCUGGUGCCUGAUGAUUGUGGAAACGAGGACGAAGCUGAAGAAGAUUCUGAUGACGAUAUGAACAACACUGAAGAUGACAGUGAUGUUGAUACUUCCAUCGCGGGUGACGACGAAGAGGAAGAUAUGAAUGACAGUGAUGAAGCCGAGACUGAUUCUGAAAACGAGGAGAUGGAAAGCGAAGAAGAUGAUGAUGAUGGAGAAGCCUCUGAUUCUUCUGCAGAAGAUAGUGGAAGCAAAGAGAAGGCCAAGGGGAAGAAAAGGAAGAUGGUAGAUUUCGAUGCUAAUCUCCUCUCUGCUGAUACAAGCCUACGAGCACUGAAGAGGUUCGCAGAAGCCAAGAGCGAGCAGCCUUGUUUGGAUGAAAACGAUGGCAUACUUUCCAAUGAGGACUUCCGAAAAAUCAAAGAUCUUCAGGCAAAGAAGGAAGCAAAACUUGCAUUGGCUCGAAAAGGGUUCAAGGUUCCAGAUUCUGAUCAGCUAAGUAAGAAGCGUGUCAAUCCAGCCAAACUUGAAGCUCACAUAAGGCAUAAACUGACAAAGGAGCAGAGAAUGGAGUUAGUUAAAGCGGGUAGGGAGGACAGAGUGAAAUACCAAUCCAGGACUGCCACCAAGCAGAAGAAGGUGGGAGGAUCGAGCAAUAAACAGAAGGAGCACAAGAAGAAUAUGCCUCUUGCUGCGAUAAGAUCAAAGGCUGGUAGAUCUAAGCGAUCCAAGAAAAUGAAGAAAAGCAACAGCGGAACCCAGUUCAGAGGAAGGAAAGCAUGGAAAUGAAACUGACCAAAACACUCUUCCUACUUCCUUUUUUUUUGUCUCAAAACCCGAACACAACUUUGCUUCAUGUUUUCUAUGAUUUUUUUUCUUAUAGGUUUUACAUUUUGUUCCAAAAUUAGAAUAUGAUAUCCACUCUUUUAUCAAAUGGUAUUCAGUUUUAAAAAACUA